AUGAAUUUGAAGUUUAAGAAAAUUGAAAAGCAAUAUUAAGCACGUCAAGUUUUCGUAAGAGUCAGCAUCAAAGAAAGAGUUUUUCGUAAGGAUUUUCCAAUACUACAAAUUUAAUUAGGUCUUUCCUUUUUGAGUAAAUAUAAUAUCCACUCAAAUUCAUAGAUAAUCCUAAUAAAUACUAUGGACAAAAAAAUCCUAAUAAAUACUAUCGACGACUGAAAUAAGGAGUAGUAAUUAAAAUUGCGAUAUCUUCAUUUUAUAUCUAUAUAGUUGUUAAACUGAAAAGGAAUAAUUGCUGCCACCAUUUUGAAAUUUAAUCCUCUUUUAUAAUCAAACUUUCAGAUUAAAAAUAAAAAAAAAAUAUUCCGAAACAGUAAAUUUAUAAUUUAAAUUAUUAUUAGAAGAAGUAGCAGAGAAUCCGCUCCCAGUCUUUUUCUUCAGUAUCAGAAGUCUCCAAAUUCCGAAUUCUGCAAAGCAAAAUCCACACACUUUUCGCGCACUAAAAAACACUAACACACACAAUGCACGCGAAGACGGAUUCGGAGGUGACGAGCCUGGCGCCGUCGUCGCCGGAUCACAACCGGCGGCCGGUGUACUACGUGCAGAGCCCGUCGCGCGACUCGCACGACGGGGAGAAGACGACGACGUCGUUUCACUCGACGCCAGUGCUGGGGAGUCCCAUGGGGUCGCCUCCGCGGUCGCACUCCUCCGUCGGCCACCACUCCAGGGAGUCCUCCACCAGCCGCUUCUCCGGCUCGCUCAAGCCUGGAUCGAGGAAGGUCUCGCCAAACGACGUCGGAUCUGGGGGCAGGGGACCCCGGAAGGGCAGCCAGACGAAUUGGAAGGACUGCGAUGUGAUUGAAGAAGAAGGCCUACUAGAAGAUGAGGAGUCGCAAAAAGGCCUGCCGCGUAGAUGCUAUUUCCUUGCUUUUGUUGUCGGAUUUUUUGUGCUCUUUUCGUUUUUCGCCUUGAUUUUGUUGGGUGCUAGUAAACCGCAGAAGCCUAAGAUCGCGAUGAAGAGCAUUACAUUUGAGAGAUUUAUGGUUCAAGCUGGUUCGGAUUCAACGGGGGUAUCGACGGACAUGAUCUCCAUGAACUCGACUGUGCGGCUCACAUACCGUAACACAGCUACAUUUUUCGGAGUUCACGUUACCUCCACUCCGCUCGAUCUCACGUACUCGCAGCUCACCGUUGGCUCUGGCACCGUGAAGAAGUUCUAUCAAUCGCGGAAGAGCCAGAGGAAUGUGGCUGUGACAGUAAUAGGCGACAAGAUCCCGUUGUAUGGAAGUGGAGCUAGCUUGAGCACCCCGACGGGGCUCACCACGCUCCCUGUGCCGCUCAAACUGGAGUUCACAGUUCGAUCCAGGGCUUAUGUUUUGGGCAAACUGGUGAAGCCCAAAUUCUAUAAGAAGAUCGCUUGCUCCAUCGUCUACGACACCAAGAAGCUCAAUGUGCCCAUCUCCCUCAAGAAUUGCACUUACAAUUAACGGAGAAGAGAUCAUCAUUGUUCAUAGGAUUGAUUGAGCUAAUUCGAUAGCAGCUUCAUGUGUUGCAGAAAGAGUCUCAGGGUUAUACCAGGUUGGAUUUGCGUGCCAUUAUUUAUAAGUACAUGGGCUCAGUUAAAUAAGAACUCCAUCAAUUCUUCAUGUGUCUGUUUAUAUCUUUCGAGGCCCUGUGUGGCUUAUUAAUUUAAUUUAUUUUUGGUAUAUUGAAUUUUGACGAACUUUUUAGUUUUUGGGUCAAAGGAAGUAUGUAUGAACGAACUUGAUAGCAUGAAUAAUUACAUGUCUUAUAGUAUUUGCUAUGAAAUAUUGAGUAAAUUGUUUUAA